AUGGAAGAAAUUAAGAAUGAGAGCAGCAUUACCAUAACUGAAUUUGUGCUGCUGGGAAUCUCUCAUCGAGAUGAUGUGCAAGGUGUGCUCUUCAUGGUCUUCCUGAUAAUCUACCUUUUCAUCCUGACAGGGAACACAUUGGUUUUUGUUGCUACAGUAUCCAGUCGCGCUCUGCACACACCCAUGUACUACUUCCUUAAACACUUAUCUAUUUUGGAUGUAUGCUACACAUCAGUGACUCUCCCUCACAUGCUUGUGAACCUUAUGUCAGAAAGAAAAACGAUCACAUUCUUAGGCUGUGCUACUCAGUUGUUUUUCUACAUCCUCCUGGGAGCUGCGGUGUGCUACCUCCUGGCUAUAAUGGCAUGUGACCGUUACCUGGCCAUCUGCCACCCUUUGCAUUACAUGAGAUUUAUGACAAGAAAAGUCUGUCUGUUUUUAGUUUCUGGAUGCUGGGUCACUGGGUUCUUCAUAUCCAUAGUGAAAACAUGGUUGAUAUUUUCUCUCCCCUUCUGUGGCUCUGACAUCAUCAACCAUUUCUUCUGUGAUAUCUCUCAACUGAUGAGGCUACACUGCCCAAGCCCCUACAUAAACAAUGUGGAGAGAAUUAUAACUGUCUUCCUCAUUCUCAUUACUCCAUUCAUACUCAUCUUGGUUUCCUACCUUCUGAUCAUUGCAGCCAUUUUGAAGAUUACCAUGGAGAGUGGGAGGCAAAAGGCGCUGAGCACAUGUUCCUCACACUUGCUAUCUGUGGGUCUCUUCUAUGGCACAGCUAUGACCACACACUUGAGGUUCAGUUUAGGUUAUUCAGAUCCUAUAGAGAAACUUGUCUCACUCACCUAUACAGUGGCUCCUGCAAUGCUUAACCCGGUUAUCUAUAGCUUGAGGAACAAACAGGUGAAAGAAGCUCUCAGGAAUAUAUUAGUCAAAAGCAGAAAUUUUGUAGGCACAUGA